GCAGGUGCUGUUUCUGAUGGCCCGGAGACCGGAUCUACUCUGCGGGGCAAUCGCGCUCGGCGUCCUGCUCAUACUCGCGGUCAAGUUCACAUGCAGACGGUGUACUUCCAGAGUGCCACAACCAACUCAGCCCUGCCAUCCUCUUCCACCGAACCCAGCUGUGGAGAUCACAAAGUGGGCAACUGCAGGGGGGACUUGGGACGCCCAUGGGCCAAAAAAUUUGCAGGGGGCCCCCCCACUGACCCCCUUACCUGUAGCCCUCUGAAUAUGAACCCUGCCACCUCCAAGUUCCCAUUAAGUCCUGUGCAAACCAGAUCCCAUGUGCUGAAGCGAUAUACACCGUGCUAAGAAUGUGGUGGCAGCAGCUCAGCCUCCGGUGCGGUUCUUCUCUGCCGAGGCCCCGGUAGUCGACCUCUACUUGGGUCAGCUGGACCAGGUGGAGAAACUGAGGAGUGUGGCAGAGGUGUCUCUCAUCUUCUUCUAUGCUCCCUGGUGCGCUCACUCGAUGGCUGCCCGACAGGAAGUGCAGCAGGUUGCUAAGAAGCUGGCCAAACAGGUGCAGUUUGUGGCCGUUAACUGCUGGUAUAGUCAGGGGAAAUGCAGGAGGCAAAACCGCUUCUACCAGUACCCCGUCAUCCAUCUGUUUUAUAGAAGGUUUGGGCCUAUAGAGUACAAAGGUCCAUUUGUGGCUCCGUAUGUGGAAAGUUUUAUCCUCAGAGUCAUUACACCACUCACUUACCUCCCAUCCAGAGCCACACUUGAAGACUUCCUCUCCUACCACGAGCCUCGAGUGGUAGGUUUCUUCCAGUUUAACUCCUCUCCUCAGCCGCCAGGGUACAUCACAUAUUUGUCCUCUGCCCUGCAUGCCCUCAAAAGGGAUUUCCGCGGAGUUGUACGUUUCGGGGUCGUGACCAACAGAAAGGUGGCAGAGGCCAUCUCCCUACAAGAGGAUGAAACAGUUUACCUCCACAGAAGAUUUAACUCCUCUUUGAUUUUCCCUCGAAGGGAACGUAACUUCACAUCAGAGGCCAUCUGUAGCUGGGUGUUCGAACACCACGAGACCGUCCUCCAGUGGCUGCAGCCCCCGGGAACAAAGUCCCGCCUCCUGGAACAGGAGCUGACUAAAGGUCCUGCACUGCUGCUGUUCCUACCGCACAAUCCACUCGGGUCCAAGCCAAAUCCCAUACUACAGCAGAUUGCAGACAUUGCUGUGCGUUAUCAUUCCUGUGACAAUAAUAACCACUCCAGCUUGGACAAUAGUUUCACCUCCCACGCGCUGUGCUGCCAAUCAGUUCCUCUCCCAGAGUCCAGUACAAGUGUGUGUGAGGUGUGUCUCAGCUUGUCAAGACCGAGUCUGACCAGCUCUUACGUACGCUGCUUGUUCCCCUCAAUGGAUCAGAGAGGAGACGUGUUGCAGACUUAUCUCAGACACUGUUGCCUCCACCAACUACCUGUCCCCCUGUCCAUAAAAACUGCAACCUCAGUGGGCUGUAGCAACCUUCUGAACAGCUACAGCCCCUUUAGUCAGUACAGUGCCUGCUGCAGAAAACUAGAACCUCAGCUCAUUGCAUCACAAGACAAAGAGGGGCCAGAUAUGCAUAGAGAUUCCCCUCCGCCUCCUUCUUCGUCCAUCCCUCCAUCUUCAGUCUCUCAGCGGGGAGGAGAUGGCAUCACGGGGCUCCGGUGUCAGACCAACAGGACGCUAAGGUUUUAUGUGCUGGAUGUUGCUCUGAACUGGCCUCUGGCGAUGAGGCUCGGGGCGCUGGGCAACAGAACUGCUUCUCUUCACCAGGAGGCCGGUAUACCAGGCGACGGGAGCAGCGACGGGUCGUUUGCAGCUAUUGUGAACCUGAAGGAUGAGGUUCAUUAUGUUCUCCAUCGCAGCCCAGCAACCACACUGACAGAGUCUCUGGAGGCCUUCAUCAGGAACUUCAGCGCUCCAUACAGUCUCUUGCAAAGACACUUGGUCGGACAGGAGAACGGGAAGGGAGGCGAGGAGGAAGCCGGGCAUCCAGAUGAAGUCCGGCAAACCUCUCCUCGCCCCCUCAUCACAGAACUGACCACCUCCUCCUUCCUGCCCUCCGUCAUGGAUCUCCAAAAGGAUGUGCUGCUGUUCUACUACACUCAGUGGUGUGGAUUCUGCUCGGUUCUCAACCACAUCAUCAUCCAGCUGGCCAGAUUAUUACAGGGAAACAGCACCAUCACUGUGGCCAGGGUGAAUGUUGGCCGUAAUGACCUUCCCUGGGAGUUCAUGGUGGAUCACGUUCCCUCUGUCCUUCUCUUUCCCAGAUACAGAAAACAUCUCAGUGUGAAGUUUCCAGAUGACCUGCCCAUCACGUUACCCAACCUCCUUCACUUCAUCCUGCAGCACUCUGGCUCUGUACAUGAUGCAGACAAACCAGUGACAUCUUCUGUUGAGGCGGACGGUCCAGGACCCAGCGCCAUCCUCCGCGCAGAGUUCCUGGCACUGCAGCGCGAAGUUCAGACGCUGCACCGCGCCCGCGAACGUCUUUCCCAGCAGCUGGCACAGCUGUGGCGCGACCACCGGCGCCUGACAUUCGACACUCGCAGCUUAGAAGCCCAGAACGCGGAGCUGCAGCAAGAGAGGCAAAGCUUAGAGGAACAGCAUCAGGAGAAAAGCCGGCAGCUCGGGGAAGCGGUGAGACGACUGCAGGAGCUGGCAGACACCUCCGAAAACCUGCUGAAUGAGAACACACUGCUCAGGAUCCUGCUGCGGGCGCUGAAGGACAGGACGGAGGCUAGAGAGCAGGCGGAGGUGGAGAGAAAAGAGGCAGAACAGAAAAGAAACCAUAUGGCCUCCUGACCACAAGUCCGCCGGGAAUCCUGAGAAUGACACAGCGACGAGGAGGAGAGAAGGAAAAGGGCCAGGAAAUGAAAGCAAGACUGGAGUGGAUGAAAAAGAAAGCUGUGAUUACACCGGAGAUGUGGUGAGACGUGAGAGGACAAAAUGAAACUGAAAUGAGGAGGUCAUUUUAAAACCCAAAGGGCAACGACCUUAUACAUUGUGUCAUAAGAGAAAAUGAGGGUGAAAGGACAGUAGCGUUCUGUCGGAAAAGAUCAGAAAAAAAGGAUUAUGACUGCUGCUAAGUGUCGACAGAAGUAAGGAAACGUGUAAGAGGAAAAAAGUAGCGAGGGAAACGGAGACAGAAACACACUAGUGUUGGAAUCCAGUGCCAACUGUCCAAUUCAAUCGACUCAGUUCUGAUGCUGCGCUUGCAAAAAUGUAAUGUCUGUUGACGGGUGAAGACAUAACCUGAGCUGAAUUUUCUACGAAGACUCUGCAGCCAAACUCUCUACCUUCCCUGAACGACCAUAAAUCCUCAUAUAAAAGCCGGUGUCCAAAUAACCUGGCCUAGUUUAUGACCAGCACGAACACACACAGGUGGGUUUGUAAUAAAGACUGGGUUUAAAAAAAAAAAAAAAAAAAAA